UACCUCGCACCGAAAGUUCGUCAGUCAUCUGUUUGCAUUCCGCCGACCAACAUCGGUACCAUCGCGAGUUCCAAAACUACAACCUAACGAGAUCAACCCAACCUGGGCAGUGAAAGUGUAAGGAUGAGAGGCUUCGUACUGUUGAGUUGCUGUUUGGCGCUGGCUUCUGCACGACCGGAAGCCGGAUAUUCAUACAGCCGUCCCUCGUCGGGCGGAGGUUCCCACGGGGGCUCGUUCUCGGGUGGACAUGGCGGCGGCGGCGGUGGCAGCAUCUCGUUCUCCGGUGGCCACGGAGGAGGCGGUGGCUUCUCCGGUGGACAUGGAGGCGGCUUUGGCGGUGGCAGCGGCGCAGGAUUCUCGUCCUUCGGCGGUAGCGGAUUCGGAGGUUCAUCAUCGUUCAGCUCGGGCGGUGGUAGCUUCGGAGGUGGCUUCGGAGGCGGUAGCUUCUCGGCUGGAGGCGGCGGCGGCGGCGGCGGUGGAUUCGGUGGUGGUGCCUCUGUCAUUCAGAAGCACAUCUACGUCCAUGUUCCACCACCAGAGCCAGAGGAGGUCCACAUCCAGCGACCAAUUCCGGUAGGACAGGCCCAGAAGCACUACAAGAUUAUCUUCAUUAAGGCCCCAUCCGCCCCAGCCUACCAGGCUCCAAUUAUCCCGCUCCAGCCACAGAACGAAGAGAAGACCCUGGUCUACGUGUUGGUCAAGAAGCCAGAGGAUCAGCAGGACAUCGUCAUCCCAGCACCGGCCCCAACUCAGCCCAGCAAGCCAGAGGUUUACUUCAUCAAGUACAAGACCCAGAAGGAGGGUGGCGGCAUUGGAGGUGGCAUUGGAGGUGGCAUUGGAGGAGGCAUUGGUGGAAUCAUUGGUGGAGGUCUUGGUGGUGGUACUGGUGGUGGUCAUGACGGUGGACUCGGAGGAGGACUUGGUGGUGGACUCGGAGGAAUUAUCGGUGGAAUCAGCGGAGGACACGGAGAUGACCUGAGCGGAGGACAUGGUGGAGCUACUGCCCCAGCUGCCCAAUACGGACCACCUGGCAAGUCCGGACCAUACUAAAGAAAAGAAAAACGGAACAUUGUGACCAUCGAAAAGAUUCCGGACCAUGGUAGCUAGUCGAAGAACAAAUGAGAAAGAAAAGAUUCCUGCGCGGUUGUUGACUUGCUGAAGUGCUUCCGGUUUCGUGGAAGAUGCGGGAACGCCAUCGUCCUGGGGAUCGGAACGCCAAGGCCUCUGUUGUACAUAGUUCCUUCCAAUGAGAAGAAAAAAUGAUUUUUCCUAGAAUGUAGGAAUUAAUUUAAUGAAUUUAUAUAAUUGUAAUUAUGUUAUAGAAGAAAAAAUGCAAUUAAAACGGUGACAAAUUUUAACAAAAACAAA